CGCAUAUUUACGUACAGCCAGUUCAGGUAAACGGGUGUAAAAAACGAACAGCAAGUAGUAAAUUCAAAAUUGUUGAAGAAACAUGGAGGGUGGCGAAAAGAAAGAAGAUAAUGGCAAAAAGAAAGAAGAGAAGUGCGAAAAGAAAGAAGAGAAAGAAUGGUCACCGGAUCUGGGGACUAUAGUUGAUGCUGGUAACAUGGAGGGUGGCGAAAAGAAAGAAGAGAAGUGCGAAAAGAAAGAAGAGAAAGGAUGGUCAGCGGAUCUGGGGACUAUAGCAGCUGUGGCGGUUGGUGGAGUUGUUGCUGUUGUCGCCGCUCCUGUUGUACUGGGAGUGGGAGCAGCUGUGACUGAGGUUGUCGCAGGAGGUGUGGUUCUUCAGUCUGUUGGUGCUGUAGGAUUGGGUGCAGCUGAAACGGCUGCUCUGGGAAGUGCUGGAACUGCUGCUCUGGGAAGUGCUGGAACUGCUGCUCUGGGAAGUGCUGGAGCAGCUGCUGGUGUUGCUACCAAGAAAUAUUUAACCGAUGAGGACGAAUCUUGAAACAAACUAUUAUUGGUGCCCCACAUCUUAAAUUAGUGUUAAUGUAUGGUUAAAAAGACGUCUUAGCUAGUUUUAAUACGUGGUUAUAGUAAACUUUUAAAUCUUGUUAUAUAAGGUAUUGUUGCACUAGAAUAACAGGCUUAAAAAAAUAAAUUGACAUGAAAAAUGUGGUGGAAACUAUUAUUGGUGUCCCACAUCUUAAAUUAGUGUUAAUGUAUAAUUAAAAAGACGUCUUACCUAGUUUGAAUACGUGGUUAUAGUAAACUUUUAAAUCUUGUUAUAUAUAAUGUAUUGUUGCACUAGAAUAACAGGCUUGAAAAAAUAAAUUGACACGAAAAAUUUGGUGGACCGACUUGUAAC